AUGGCGGCCGAUCAGCCUGCGCCGGAGCCAUUGGUCUCCUCUCCAUGGGCUAGGUCGCUUCUCUCCGGUGCCAUCGCAGGCUUCACGGUCGACCUGUCCCUGUAUCCCCUCGACACGAUCAAGACCCGCCUCCAGAAAGGCCAACAGAAUGUACCUGGCACCUCCUCAGCGUCCUCCGGCAAGCCCGUCUGGAAAACUUCCUUGCCCGCCCUACGUCAGACCAUCCGUGGGAUUUACGCCGGCGUACCCUCAGUCAUACUUGGCUCUGCUCCCUCGGCAGCAUUCUUCUUCAUCGUCUAUGACGGUGUGAAGCGCUCCCUUCUCCCGUCCGACUUAUCGUCAGGAAAGCAGCCGACCAAGAUGGAAACGUUUCUCACCCAUUCUCUGGCGUCGUCACUUGGGGAAAUCGCUGCAUGUGCGGUGCGAGUGCCGACGGAAGUGGUGAAGCAGCGCGCCCAGGCUGGUCUCUUUGGUGGUUCUUCACUUCACGCAUUGACGGAUAUACUCUCUCUGCGUCAUCAGGACGAUAAGUCGAAUGGCUUGAGUGGAAGAGGGUACGUUCGGGUCAUCCGCGAACUCUAUCGCGGUACCGGGAUCACCAUCGCCCGGGAGAUUCCCUUUACUGUCCUGCAGUUCACCUUGUGGGAAGCGAUGAAGAAUCAGUACGCCCGAUGGGGUCGGUCUUCUGAAGUGACCACUUUCGGCCAGAUUCCGGCCGCGCCCAGUGCGUUUUUUGGAAGUCUUGCUGGUGGCAUUGCCGCCGGACUGACAACGCCACUGGAUGUCAUCAAGACGAGAGUGAUGCUCGAGAGACGAGAAAGCGAUGCAAAUCAGGUCCGGGUCAAAGAUGUAGUGAGCCGGAUUAUGAAGGAGGAAGGAUUCGAAGCUUUUUGGAGAGGAAUUGGCCCGCGAGUCACGGCGAUUGCCCUGGGCGGUGCCAUUUUCCUGGGAAGCUACCAGUGGGCGUGGAACACGCUCGAAGCUUCUGAGAACAUUGGAGAGACUACAAGUGAAAAAACCAAUAGUUCCUUACUGUUUCAAAAGAAUAUAUAG